CGACACCCUAACCCUAAAAGCCAUCUCUAAAACCCUAAUCUCCUUCCUCUUCUCUUUUAGAAGAAAGGGAAGAAGGUGGGGAAAGAUGUAUCUGUACAGCUUGACGCUGCAGCAGGCGGGCGGGGUGGUGUGCGCCACGAACGGCAACUUCGUGGGCGGGAAGACGCAGGAGAUCGUGGUGGCUCGGGGCAAGACUCUGGACCUGCUCCGCCCGGACGACGCUGGUAAGCUUCAGACCCUCCUCUCCGUCGAGGUCUUCGGUGCCAUCCGCUCCCUCUCUCAGUUCCGCCUCACCGGCUCCCAGAAGGACUACGUCGUCGUCGGUUCUGACUCCGGCCGCCUCGUCAUCCUCGAGUACUCCCGCGAGCGCAACCUCUUCCACAAGGUCCAUCAGGAGACCUUUGGCAAGUCUGGCUGCCGCCGCAUCGUCCCCGGCCAGUUCCUCGCCGUCGACCCCAAAGGCCGUGCCGUCAUGGCCACCGCCUGCGAGAAGCAGAAACUAGUUUACGUCCUCAACCGUGACGCCGCGGCCCGCCUCACUAUCUCUUCGCCCCUCGAGGCCCACAAGUCCCACACUAUCACCUACUCUGUUGUUGGCGUCGACUGUGGCUUUGACAACCCUGUCUUCGCCGCCAUUGAGCUCGAUUACUCCGAGGCCGACCUCGAUCCCACCGGCCAGGCUGCGGCCGAGGCCCAGAAGCACCUCACUUUUUAUGAGCUGGAUCUUGGCCUCAAUCACGUCUCCCGCAAGUGGUCCGAGCCCGUUGACAACGGUGCCAACCUCCUCGUCACCGUGCCUGGUGGUGGCGACGGCCCCAGUGGCGUCCUUGUCUGCGCUGAGAACUUUGUCAUCUACAAGAACCAGGGCCACCCAGAUGUCCGUGCUGUCAUCCCCCGUCGUGCUGACCUCCCUGCAGAGCGUGGUGUCCUCAUUGUCUCUGCCGCCACCCAUCGCCAAAAAUCCAUGUUUUUCUUCCUUCUGCAGACUGAGUAUGGGGACAUCUUCAAGGUCACCCUCGAGCAUGAAGGUGACCGCGUUGCCGAGCUCAAGAUCAAGUAUUUUGAUACCAUCCCCGUCACCUGCUCUAUGUGUGUCCUCAAGACCGGCUUCCUCUUUGCUGCCUCUGAGUUUGGCAAUCAUGCAUUAUACCAGUUCCAGGCCAUUGGGGAGGCUGAGGAUGUUGAGGCAUCCUCUGCCACGCUGAUGGAGACCGAGGAGGGAUUCCAGCCUGUUUUCUUCCAACCCCGGGGCUUGAAGAAUCUGGUGAGGAUUGACCAGAUUGAGAGUCUUAUGCCCAUCAUGGACAUGAGGGUCAUGAACUUGUUUGAGGAAGAGACUCCUCAGGUGUUCACCCUCUGUGGAAGGGGCCCACGCUCCUCACUGCGUAUCCUGAGGCCAGGACUGGCAAUCAAUGAAAUGGCUGUGUCACAGCUUCCGGGUACUCCCAGUGCUGUGUGGACUGUAAAGAAGAAUGUGAAUGAUGAGUUUGAUGCCUACAUUGUGGUGUCCUUUGUGAAUGCUACCCUUGUGCUCUCCAUCGGUGAGACCAUUGAAGAAGUCAGCGACAGCGGGUUUCUUGACACCACGCCUUCACUCUCAGUCUCUUUACUGGGAGAUGAUUCCCUUAUGCAGGUCCAUCCCAAUGGAAUUAGGCAUAUCAGAGAGGACGGGCGUAUCAAUGAGUGGAAGACACCUGGGAAGAAGACCAUUGUGAAGGUUGGAUCCAAUAGGCUCCAGGUGGUGAUUGCUCUAAGUGGAGGGGAGCUUAUCUAUUUCGAGAUGGACAUGACUGGCCAGUUGAUGGAGGUGGAAAAGCAUGAGAUGCCCGGAGAUGUGGCUUGCUUGGAUAUUGCACCAGUUCCGGAGGGAAGGCAGAGAUCACGCUUCCUUGCUGUUGGUUCUUAUGAUAACACAAUUCGGAUUCUAUCAUUGGAUCCUGAUGACUGUAUGCAGAUACUGAGUGUCCAGAGUGUGUCCUCACCACCUGAAUCACUCCUUUUGCUUGAGGUACAGGCUUCAACUGGAGGAGAGGAUGGAGCAGAUCAUCCGGCUAGCGUCUUUCUCAAUGCUGGCUUGCAAAAUGGUGUUCUAUUCCGGACAGUUGUUGAUAUGGUUACUGGUCAGCUUUCAGAUACUCGAUCCCGGUUCUUAGGACUGAGAGCUCCCAAGCUCUUCUCAGCUACUGUGAGGGGCCGGCAAGCGAUGCUUUGCUUGUCCAGUAGGCCCUGGCUUGGUUAUAUUCAUCAAGGACAUUUCUUGCUGACUCCUCUUUCCUAUGAGACACUUGAAUAUGCUGCAUCCUUUUCUUCUGACCAGUGUGCUGAAGGUGUUGUUGCAGUUGCUGGUGAAGCUUUGAGAAUUUUCACAAUUGAGCGGCUGGGAGAGACAUUUAAUGAAACAGUUGUACCUUUGCGAUAUACUCCAAGGAAGUUUGUGCUGCAGCCCAAGCGCAAACAUUUAGUUAUUAUUGAGAGUGAUCAAGGGGCGUUCACCGCAGAGGAGAGAGAAGCUGCCAGAAAGGAGUGCUUGGAAGCUGCAGGGAUGGGUGAAAAUGGAAAUGCAAUGGAAAAUGGUGGUGGUGAUGAGGAGGAGAAGGAGGAUGCUCUCUCUGAUGAGCAAUAUGGUUAUCCAAAGGCAGAGUCUGAUAAGUGGGUAUCUUGCAUCAGAGUUCUUGAUCCACGAACAGGAAAUACAACUUGUCUGUUGGAGCUUCAAGAGAAUGAGGCUGCAUUCAGCCUUUGUACAGUGAAUUUCCAUGAUAAGGAGUAUGGGACUCUCCUGGCUGUAGGAACCGCAAAGGGGCUACAGUUCUGGCCUAAGAGAAGUCUUGCAGCUGGGUUCAUUCACAUAUAUAGGUUUGUUGAAGAAGGAAAAUCUCUUGAGCUUGUGCACAAGACACAGGUAGAGGGAGUUCCACUUGCGUUGUUUCAGUUUCAGGGGAGGCUGCUUGCAGGUAUUGGCUCAGUGCUGAGAUUGUAUGACCUGGGGAAAAGGAAAUUGCUCAGAAAAUGCGAAAACAAGCUCUUCCCUAAUACAAUUGUCUCUAUUCAUACUUAUCGUGAUAGGAUCUAUGUGGGUGAUAUCCAAGAAUCAUUUCAUUAUUGCAAGUACAGAAGGGAUGAGAACCAACUAUACAUUUUUGCAGAUGAUUCUGUUCCAAGGUGGCUCACUGCGUCACAUCACAUAGACUUUGACACCAUGGCAGGAGCAGACAAGUUUGGAAAUGUAUACUUUGUCCGACUGUCUCAAGAUGUAUCAGAUGAGAUCGAGGAAGAUCCAACGGGAGGUAAAAUAAAGUGGGAGCAAGGGAAGUUAAAUGGUGCGCCGAAUAAAGUGGAGGAGAUAGUACAGUUUCAUGUGGGAGAUGUUGUUACAUGCUUGCAAAAGGCCUCACUGAUACCUGGAGGAGGUGAAUGUGUUAUUUAUGGAACUGUGAUGGGAAGUUUAGGUGCAUUACUUCCAUUCACAUCUAGGGAAGAUGUGGACUUCUUCUCUCACUUGGAGAUGCACAUGAGGCAAGAACAUCCACCACUGUGUGGUCGGGAUCAUAUGGCCUUCAGAUCUGCUUAUUUCCCUGUCAAGGAUGUAAUCGAUGGUGAUCUAUGCGAGCAGUUUCCGACCCUCCCCCCUGAUUUGCAGAGGAAGAUUGCUGACGAACUUGAUAGAACACCAGGUGAAAUACUGAAGAAGCUUGAAGAUGUCAGAAAUAAGAUAAUUUAAGGAUUGCAACAAUUGAGUUAGGGCAUGGAUCCUGCUUGGCUUUAUGCUGCUAUUAUAUCAGCAAGCUAAAUGCUCAUUGUAUCGCAUUAUGUGGCCAUCAUUGCUCAAAGUGAUAUCACCAGUCAGAGCCAGUUCAGCAGUUUAAUGUUUGUCUACAAGUUUAGGAGAAUAUCUACAUCUGCUGUUCUUCCUGAACAAGAGAGCAUUCAUCAGUUGUACUUUGAAUUUGCUAAUCUUGACGUGUUUAAACUGUUACAAGUUUGGUUAGCUUGUCAUGUAGGAUGCUACUGAUUAAUAGUGACCAUUGUGAAUUUUUUUGCAUUA